CAAAUUUGUUUCACCUGGCAGAUGGAAGGGAAUGUGACUUUGAUCAUUAAAGCUGCCAAUCAGAGCGUUCCAGACGAACGCAUGGACUGUGACCUGAAUUGGUCUGUACUAUAUCUUAAGGAUCAUUUAUCAUCUGUUCAUCCUUCUAAACCAAAAGUGGAUGAACAGCGUCUCAUCUAUUCAGGACAGUUGCUGCUUGACGAUCUACUAUUAAGAAAUGUUUUACGACACCCUACCGAAAAUAACGCUUAUACAAUUCAUCUAGUUUGCUCGCCCAAUCGUAACUCUGUAAACACGUCAGCAAGCUCGCAGACAUCACCCUCGAGUAGUCAGAGAAGGCAGAUUUCGCCUGAGUCUUCAUCAGUUGGCACCCAGUCAUCUCCCCAGUUACCAGCAUCAUCAGUGGGCACACAGUCAUCUUCCCAGCUACCAUCAGACAUGAAUCCAGACAGAGAUGCAGAGAGAACUACCCCUCAGCAAACUGGGUUUUCACAGGACACCCCUGUAAAUAAUGAUUCACCUCCUGAUGGACUUCGUCGCAGGAAUGUGGCUAACAACGGUGACAUGUCUGUGUCGGCACCACAGAGCAUAGAUGCCACUUCUGCGUAUCCAUCCCAGUCUCAAAUGCCAGUAGGAAUGCUUCAAGCCAGUGCAGACCCUAUACAACAGAUGGCUGCUCUACAGCAGAUGUAUGCACAUUAUAUGGCAUACAUACAAUAUAUGCAGAUGUGUGGAGGUGGAGGCAGUGGUGGAGGUGGUGGUGGUAUUGCUUGGCCACAACAAAUGGUGCAGCUACCUACAGCACCAAACCCUGCUACAUCCACCACAACUGCUGCACCUACAGCAACCUUGCCAGCACCAACUGUAGACCAGACUGAGCAACAACAGGUUCAGAUUGAACCUGCUGACCAACAGCAGCAGCAACCACAGUUGAUUAGAAUGAAUGCACAAGGUGGAGAAGUGGAGGAUGAUGACGAUGAUGAAGGGAUGGGCCGUGAUUGGUUAGAUUGGAUUUAUGUAUUAUCACGGAUGCUGGUUCUCUUAUCGAUCGUCUACUUCUACUCGACUCUCUCCAGGUUCAUGAUAGUUGUUGCCAUUGCCAUGCUCUUAUACCUAUAUCAAGCUGGCUGGUUUAGACCUGCACGAAGAAUAGAGCAACCUCAAGCAGCUAACGAGAACGACGCAAAUAAUAUUCAAGAUGACAGAAAUAACAACAUUAAUAAUAACAAUAACAAUAAUGAGAUACCAGAGGGACUUAGAAAUCAGGAGGCAGAGGAAGAGGAAGAGGAAGAGGAGGAGGAGGAGGAGGAAGUGGCAGCAGUAACAGUUGAUGCCAAUCAAGACAAUGGUGUCAACAAUGAAACUGUAGAAAGUGAAGGCACUGACAGGGUGGUCGAGGAAAUACCCGUGCGACCUUCGUUUCUGGUGCUCUCUUGGACAUUCCUAACAGCUUUCUUCACAUCUCUGAUCCCCGAACAACCUCAAGCAAUUUAAAGAUAGCUAUUUAUAUUUGUUGAUUCAUUCUUCAUUAGUUCAUAAUGUGCACUUCAUUGUGAUUCCCACAGUACUGAGAACACUUUGUGAGGAACUAAAAUUUUGGAUAUCCAUAUGUGCAGGCAAAAGGUUUACCUGCUGCAUUUGUUCUUGUAAAAAAAAUAGUUUGAAUACUUUUUAAUUUUUUUAAGCACAUUUUCUUUGUGAGUUCCUAAGGAAACUUUUUGAUAACCAACCUCACUUUUGAGUGCUCAUUGCACAUCUGUGGAUCGUGUUAUGUAUUAGUGUCCAAAAUUGGACUGAAUAUUACAAUGCAUUAUUUCUGCAUGUGAUAUAUACUCUGGGUAUAUUAUGCUAUCUUGUGUGCAGUGUUUUUUGCACAAACUGUUGUAUCGAAGUUCAGUUUAUUUUUCUUUAGAUUUAUUCUUUAUUUCAGCUUGCAGAGAAAAUAUAUAUUUGGCAUUUGCUGUGCCAUUGGGUAAUCUCUUAUAAACUUUGUUUCUUACAAAGAAAAUGGUGCCAGUGGAUAAAGACGUGGUAAUCAAAUGAAGAGUGACUUGGCGAAUUACAGUGGAACCUCAAAUAUCGAACUUUCUUCGUUCCAGACAGCUGUUCGAGUGCUGUUACCGAACGAAUUUAUUCUCAUCAGGAAUAAUGUAAAUUAGAUUAGUUCAUUUCAGACCCUCAAAAAUACACUUAUAAAAGCACAUACAAAAAUACACUUAAAUAAUUGGUUGAGUUGGAGGCAGUUCGAUAUUUGAGGUUCCACUGUAUAAGAAAUGGAGUUUUAGGUGUAAUAAACAAAUUCCCAGUGUUAGUGGUAACUGAUGUGUUCAGCAUCGACUAGUAGCCAAAGAUAUAUUUAUACAGAUUUGUUUAUCAAAGUACAGAAGAUACUUAGUUCUUGCAAUAAACAAGUAAAAAAAAAAAAUGGAGGUCACCUCAGAGUACACAAGGGGAAUACAGAAGGAAAUAAGUUAACCGGUUAUAAAAAUACAUAAAAGCUGCAAAAAUA